AUGAACACCUUCUUCACCCUUUUUCUCGUCCUUCUCCCAAUCUUGUUUCUCCUAGCCAGGAGGAGAAGAUCAUCACAAAGGCUCCCACCAGGAUCCCUUGGAAUUCCCAUCAUAGGCCAAAGCCUCACCCAUCUCCGAGCAAUAAGAGCCAACAUUGCAGAAAAAUGGCUUGAAGAAAGAGUGAGAAAGUAUGGUCUAAUUUCCAAAAUAAGUGUCUUUGGUACCCCCGCCGUUCUUAUUCCUAGACAGGCUGCAAACAAGUUGGUGUUCAAUGGCAAUGGUGGCACAAUAGCAAACCAAAAUACAAAGUCGCCAGAAUGUUUGAAGCAGUAUGUUGGGAAGAUGGAUGGAGAGGCCAAGAAGCACCUUGAAAUGCACUGGGAAGGCAAAGAAAAGAACGAGGACCUCGGAGAUAUGAAUUUGUCAAAAACAUCUAGAAUUGUUGAAGGAAUAUGGUCAAUCCCAGUCAGCUUGCGCUUCACAUGCUACAAUCACAGCCUCCGAGCUAGUGCGAGGGUUCAGAAAAUGGUGAAAGACCUUAUAGAACAAGAAGAGAUAGCACAAGGCAAGGCCUCCGGAGACUUACUAACAUGGGAAGACCUUGCUAAGAUGAUGUACACAUGGAGAGUAGUAAUGGAGACCCUAAGAGUGUUUUCUCCCGUAUUUGGAGGCUUUCGAAAGGCAUCGAAAGACAUCGAGUAUGGUGGCUACCUCAUUCCCAAGGGAUAG